CGCUGUACCGCUCUGCGCAGCUCAAGUUAAAGGCUAGCGAUCCUCACCGGGACACUUCAGGGAAAGCUAAACUUCAUUUUUAAAGAUAAGCAAUGAGUUGUUUUAACGCAUGAACUCCAACAGUCGGCUUUAAAGACGGUUGAAGCUUCAUAUGCUUAGAAAUUACUGAAGACUUUGUGCAGCGACGAUUGCGCACGACGCACAGGGACAGAUCAUGCACUGUCAAGCCGAGUUGAGGCUCUCCUCCCCUGGGCAGCUGAAAGCUGCCAGGCGGCGCUACAAGACUUUCAUGAUUGACGAGAUCCUCUCGAAGGAGACAUGUGAUUAUUUUGAGAAACUCUCUCUCUACUCGGUGUGUCCUUCACUCAUUGUUCGACCAAAGCCUCUUCAUUCGUGUUCGGGCUCCUCGUCACUACGUGCCUACCCGCUCCUCUCAGUGAUCACGAGGCAGCCGCCCAACCUGCCUGCUCACGUCCCGCAGCCGUCCUCUCCGGGCGCUGCCCAUCCACAUCUGCCACUGCUUUCCCCACAGCAUCCCAGAGGCUCCGAGCCGUCACCCAGCCAGACGCCCCUCAGCAUCAGCAGCGAGUCGGAGACUGAGCGCAGCACACCCCGCCUGAAGAAGCCACGUCGCAGCCGUACUAUUUUUACUGAGCUGCAACUGAUGGGCCUGGAGAAGAAGUUCCAGAAGCAGAAGUACUUGUCCACUCCUGAUAGGUUAGACCUGGCACAGUCGCUUGGUCUCACACAGCUUCAGGUGAAGACAUGGUACCAAAACAGGCGUAUGAAGUGGAAGAAAAUGGUGCUCAAAGGAGGUCACGAGGCUCCGACUAAGCCCAAGGGAAGACCCAAGAAGAACUCCAUUCCCACCACGGAGGAAAUAGAGGCUGAAGAGCGGCGACUGAAAAUUGAAGAAGAGGAGAGGAUGAGGAGAUUAGCUGAGAAAGCAGCGGUGGUGCAGAGUGGAGGAGAAGCACCCCAACUGGAACCUCAAGAUCUCAGUUCGGAAAGUUACAAUCCAGCCGGAGCAGUGGAGGGAUCCGAGCGAGAGCUGCCACUCCUUAUGUCAGAAACUCACACAGCCAGCUAAGCAAGAACAAACCAAAGACUAAUGCCAACCUGAAAACAAAUAGUGCCUCAGGAUCACUGUAAAAAAAGCCUGUGUGGUGUUAAGAGCCAGUUGCUUUAGCUAUAUCGUCGGCUUCACGUUAGUGGCCUAGAGCUUUUACCCAGUGUAGCAUUGAGUUUUUCGUUCACUGGAAAUUGUGCCAUACUGAGAGCAAAUCUCCAUAAAUACUGAUUGCACUGGUAAACCUUUUGCCUUCAGCCUGCAGCGUAAGGAGUAGUAAUCAAAAAAAAAAA